AUGGCUGCGCUCGCACCCGUGGGCUGCGACCUCGCCUUCCGCAUCAACAUCCUUAUAGCGCCCGCGCCCAUCUACUCGUUCUUCAACCGCGGUGGCCGAGCUGCGCCCGUCUCCGCCGGCUCCGGCCGCUGCGCCUCGCGCCAUCUUCACCUUGCAGCUGCCAGCUCGCUGCUGCCGACAUGCGCCUCUCCAACUCCGGCACCAGCCUGCCACCCUGGCCGGCUUCGCCAACGCCCGCGUUUUCCUCUACGCGCGCGCUCCGACCGCCUCGCUAACGUCCGGCUCCGGCUGGGACGUAUCUCCAGCUUCACCGCCAUCACCUAUGGCUCAUCACCUAUGCCUGGUCCGGUUCCGGCUGCUGCGCUCCGCGCCGUCCGGCUUCGCCCGCGCCACAGCGCGCCGAUCGGUUGCGUCCCGCCACGGCCACAUCCGGCUUCCAUAACCUCCCCUCUCGUCCGCUCUACGUCGACGACGUCCGCUGCCUCAAGCAGCACCGCGUCCGCCUCCGGCACCCGUAUGCGCCGGCUACGAUCGCGCCCAACCACGGCGCACUCGGCUCCGCCCUCCACGGCCAUCGCCGGCUCCGCCCGCAACCCCGCAGCCGCGUCCAGUGUUGGCAUGGCGUCUCCGUCCAGCCUUCGCGGCCGCUCGCCCACGUCGAGCUCACGCCGCUGGCCACCUCGGCUGCGCCCCCGCUACGACCAAGUCCGGCUGCCACGGCCUCCGUGGCCAUCUCCGGCUUCCCGCGACGGCUACGCCCUGGUUCAACUUCGGCUGCGCGUCGCCUCCACCGGGCCGGCUUCCGCCAAAAUCGACCUCACCAUGGCCGGCUCCCGCCCACCACGGCCACCUUCGGUUGCGUGCGCGCGAGCAGCAGCACCAACAUGCACGUCAUCCCGCGGUCCGACUCGCACCGGGCGCUAUUACGCGAACAGGUGCACGCCCGCUCGCUGCGGCCCCCUGGGGUCCAAGGCUCCGUCCCGCGCCUCGCCGCGCCACGCUGUGCUCCGUCGGAUGGAGGGCCGUUGGCCGAAAGAAAAGAAAAAUCAUGGGGUUUGA